AUGGAAGAUUAUGGGGAGAGAGCAGAGUUGAGGAGAAUGCAAAGGGAGCAAGAAAGAGAGAGGCGACGAAUAAGAGAUAGGGAAAGGAGACAGUCAAUGACUCAAGAACAAAGAGAAAGGCAUCUUGCUAGAAGAAGAAGGAACUACCAACUCAGAAGACAGAGAGCUGCAAACAACAACAACAGAAUCUGUUUUCCUCUUGAUGAAACCGAUGCAGCCGCCACCACUAGCCAUGAUGGCCAUGGCCAAGCAAGCUUUAUUGUUCCUUGUUCCAUUUCAGACUAUAGGGUCCUCCAAACUGAAUCAUCAGAGCAACAAUCUUCGCAUUACAUUGAUGGAUCGUCAUCAGGAGUAGUUCAUAUGGAAGCUCUAACAUAUAAACCAACGAAUUUACCAACAAGGUUGCGUCUGAGUCAUAUAAGACAACUUGCCCGAAACAUGAUACACUCAAUUGCUGAUCAUCAUGAUUCUCAAAUUGGGAUUCACCAAAUUGUUCCACACUUGAUACCUAACGGGGAUCUCUCAUCUCAGGGUAGCAUACGAAAGUCCUUGCGAUUGAACCGCGUGAAGCAGCUUGCACGAUCGCUGAAUUCGCCUUCCAAAGAGAUUUCAGCUCAGAGCCAGAAUGAUAAAGUGCAACAAGCAAAUAAUGUAACCUUCCCAGGAACGACUUAUGGUGACGGAUUCAAUUGUUUCUGA